AUGGCUGCUUCCAGGCUCUUCUCCCGUCGUGCCCUCCGGAAUGUUGCUGCGGUUUCCACACUUGCAACAGGAGGUGCCGUAACCUACUACGCAUUCUUCCAGCCCAGCUUCUCCAGAGGUGGCUCGUCACUCACAACCACUGUUAUCCCCACACAAUUUCCCCGGUUGAAGUCUCGAGAAGAACAGCUUGCGGAUCUCCGACACAGCAGUAACAACGCGCAGCAAGAUGAAUACGACCUCCUCAUCAUCGGUGGCGGUGCAACAGGCACCGGUAUCGCUCUGGAUGCCGUCACGCGCGGCCUCAAGGUGGCCCUGGUUGAACGCGGCGACUUCAGCUGCGGCACCAGCAGCAAAAGCACAAAGCUCGUGCACGGCGGUAUCCGCUACCUCGAGAAGGCUGUCAAGGACCUCGACUAUGAGCAGUACAAGCUCGUCCGCGCUGCAUUGCACGAGAGACGCUACUUUUUGAACAUCGCCCCGCAUCUGUCGACUGAGUUGCCUCUGGUCCUGCCUGUCAGGAAGUGGUGGGAGGCACCAUAUCUCUGGGUGGGAACGAAGAUGUAUGAUGCUCUUGCUGGCUCCGAGGCCUUGAAUUCCUCCUACUUCCUGACCAAGGACCAGGCCUUGGAUGCCAUUCCCACGUUGAACCAGGACAACAUGGUCGGUGCCAUUGUCUAUUAUGACGGUCAACAUAACGAUUCGCGCAUGAAUGUAUCCUUGGCCACGACGGCUGCUUUCUAUGGGGCGACUGUCCUCAACUAUGUCGAAGUGACCGGGCUAGAGAAAGAUGCUACCGGCAAGCUCUGUGGUGCGAACGUCAAGGAUGUCCUGAGUGCCGACGGUAAGCCAUUCACGGUCCGUGCAAAGGGUGUUAUCAACGCCACAGGUCCCUUUGCGGAUGCAAUUCAUCAAAUGGACGAACCCGCAAAGACCUCCAACGUUGUGGCGCCCAGUUCCGGUGUUCACAUUGUUCUACCCUCCUGGCUAAGUCCGAAAAAGGACCACGGCGUCAUUGAUGCUUCAUCUGACGGAAGAGUUCUGUUCCUUCUACCCUGGGAAGGAAAGCUGGUUGCCGGUACGACCGAUAACCCUUGCGCAAUUGAACGGGACCCUAUCCCCCAAGAAUCAGAUGUGGACUUCAUCCUCAACGAACUGAAGCGCAUUCUCUCUCCCAAGGUAGACUUGCAACGCUCCGAUGUCCUCGCGGUUUGGUCCGGCAUUAGGCCAUUGGUGAGAGAUCCCAAUGCCGCGAAUACUGAGUCCCUGGCCCGCACCCACCUCAUCACUCUCUCGCCGUCGGGUUUGCUUUCCUGCGUUGGCGGAAAAUGGACAACGUAUCGUGAAAUGGCUGAGGACACCGUCGACAGGGCCAUCGACGUCUUCGGCCUCAGAACCGGUCCGCUUAGAUCGAUCCCAGACAUCAGUGGAACGGGCUCCAUUGAAGAUGGCUCCCGGUUGGAUGGCUCCUGCCAGACCCGCAAUGUACGCCUGGUGGGCGCCCAUGGGUACUCCAAGACGCUCUUCGUGGAUCUCCUCAAACAUUACCCGAGCAUCGAGCAGGAUAUUGCAGAGCAUCUGGCCCAUAAUUACGGUGACAGGGCUUGGGACGUUGCAUCCUCAUCCUCGUCAUCCAAGGGUAUGCAGUUCCAAAGACUGGUGCCUACGCACCCCUUCACCGAUGCCGAGGUACGCUACGCCGUGCGAAACGAAUAUGCACAGACCGCCGCGGACUUCCUGGCUCGACGCACUCGUCUCUCAUUCCUAGAUGUCAAAGCUGCCAAGGAAGCUUUGCCCAAAGUCAUUGACUUGAUGGGCGAGGAAUUGCAUUGGAGUAAGGCAAAGAAGCAAUCAGAAUACAAAGAAACAUUGCAUUUCUUGAAGUCGAUGGGUUUGUCGGAUGAUGCAUGA